GUUUGCAGAUAUCAAGCCGCCGACGACAUACAGAACGGUUAUUUUCCUGCUCCGACUGUGACAUUUUGGCAGGGAGGUUUUUAGCACCAAGGGAUUGGCCGCCAUUGCUCGCGUUUUUCACCGAGUUUCAUCGAGUUUUUAGGAGUGAUCUCGGCGAGGAAUCUUGACUGGUUGUCGGGGCAAAGUUUCUAUAAUUCGAGGAGGAGAUUGUGACAAGCAUGGCGGUGAUUUGGGGACUAGCGGCCCUAUUCAUCAUGUCGUUCAUCGGCAGCACGACAUCACAAAGUUAUAAGAUAGGUGCGAUGUACGGAGCAAAUACAAACAUGGACAACCAUUAUAAGGAGCUGUUUGUUGAUGCAACGACUUACAUCAACCGAGAUCCUGAAUUUAUGAACGGGAACAGGGAAACCCUAAAUGUCUACAACUAUAGACCCAUCGCUGGGACCAACUGGUCACUGCCCAACGCACCACAGGCACUGAGAGCAGCUUGUACUUUCGCCAGUUCGGUGGACAUGCAUGGACUGAUCGUUCCCUCCGAUGUCUGCCCGGGCUGUAGCGGGCAUACCGGCAGGAUCGUGGGUAAUGCCUUCGCCCCAGUCAUCGCUCUAGAUCAGGCCUCGGGAUCUAAAGCUUACAAGAUGUUGCCUACAGACAGCGACUUGUUGGAGUUGUGGGUUAGUGUCAUCAAUCACUACAAGUGGCAAGACUUCAUCUUCAUCCAUGAUGGAGAUUCAGCUUACUCAAUGGCCUGGAUUCUGCUGGAGAUGGAGAAUCAGAACAAGUGGCACGUGGUUCCGUACCAGAUCUACGAUGAGGCAGAUUAUGCUGAGAUGGCCAAGGACCUGAAGAAACGCAGAACUCAAAACUACCUGCUGUUUUUACACGAGGAGGAACGACUGCCUGGAUUCGUUAAUUGGAUGUUGGACAGUGGCAUGUUUGGUGACAAGUACCACUGGAUCUUCGGAAACCUGGAGCCGCCAAUCAGCCGUCAAUUUCUUGACGACAAGCUCCGUAUCCACACGUCUUUCUUGACUCGCUUCAAGAUGAAAAUCGUGGAAGGGGUGGAGUCCAAGGUCCUGACCAGGAACCCGAUUCCCACCAGGAACUGGCCUUUCAGAGAGAGGACGGCCUACGACUCCAUGUUGUUCUUCGCCAAGGCCAUGACGGUGUAUAGAGAGGAGAACGGGAGGUAUCCUGAAGCUGUGCCUAAGUGUGGGGACGAUCUCAGCAGUCAGUUGGGAACUGUCAUGCAAAAGGUCAGCUACGAAGGAUUGAGCGGGGAGGUUGCAUUCAACUCAGACGGUGAUCGCGUGAAUUACACCAUCAACAUCUUCUUCGGCAAGGACAAACACAACAUUCGUCAGGCGGGAGUCUGGACUCAGAACAUCGACCAUUACGAACGGAAGUACGGCGAGAAAUGGCCGAAAAACACCGGUCGUCUUCAUAUGACUCCGUUCAGGCAGUCCGACCCAUCAUACAUCAAGAUACUCUCCAUCGAGGAGCCGCCAUUGCUGAUGUUAAGGGACCACGACUACACCCGGGCGCGUCGCCAGAGCUCGGAUGAGCUCGGGCUGGACCGCUACUAUGGCAUCAUCCCGGAGCUACUGGUAUACAUCCAGUACAUCUUCGAGCACGACAUGGGCAUGGAAUUCAAGUACAAGAUCGAGCUGAUUGCGGAAGGGUAUUAUGGGAAGAGAAACCCUAAUACCGGAGACUGGGAUGGGAUGGUCAAGGAGCUUCAAGACUCGGAUGCUGAUCUUGCAGCCGGUGCCUUCACUGUGACCCAAGCCCGUGAAGAAGUCAUUGAUUUCACCAAGGAUUUCUACAAGGGAAACAUCAAGACCCUGAUCAAGCAUCCUAACUGGGUUCGAGAUUUCCCCUUCAACUUCGCCUUCGCCCACGACUGGGACACCUGGUUGGUCAACCUGUUCGCCUUUGGGAUCACCAUCCUGGUUUUCUGGGCCUUGAUGCGUUUCCACCCUCUGGAGUACCGCAAACAGUCGGAAAUCGGCCAGGCCACUCGCGAGCAAUCCACGGAGUUCACGCUCCGUAACGUGGCCUGGAUGCUGACCGGGGUCGUCUUCCUUCGUGGGCACAAGCUCUCCCCAGCAUCCAUCGCUGGAAGGAUCCUCCUGGCAGCCUGGUUCUUCUUCUCCUUAGUCAUGGUCUUCACCUACAUGCUGAACCUGACUGAUUUCAUCGCUAUCGACAAGGACAUCCUGACCAUUAACGAUCCUGUCGAUCUCCUGAACGAGCCUCUGUUGAAGAUUGGGAUGGUGCGCCAUGGUCCUACCCACGACUACUACUCGAUGUCAUCCAAGGCAAGCGACCAGCAACUCAUGUCCAUCAUGGGAGUCCUAGACCGCGACCCGUUUGUGGAGAGGAUGCGUGAUGGCGCUCUGAGAGUCCGUAAUGAUAAUGGCCACUAUGCCCUGGUUAGUGAGGAGCUCUUGUUGACUUACUACACCCAGAGUGGACCUUGGUGUGACCUCUACAUCGUGGGGGAUCCGGUCAAGAAGAUGAAGUACGCCUUCGCCACCCCGUCUGGCUCCCCCCUGCGAGACCAGAUCACCUACGCCAUCAACAAGCUCAAACAGAACGGAACCAUCAAGGAACUUGUGGAGAAGAAGUGGUUCGGGGAUCAGAAAUGCGAAGAGGAGAGUCUCUGGGAGUCCGAGAGCGUCCUGUCCAUCAAUGCCAACGAUCUGGAAGGCAUCUAUUACGUCUUGGCUAUUGGCUUGGUUCUGAGUGCCAUCAUCUUCUUCAUAGAUGUCUUGUGCUACUGGGUGUUUGGAAGCUGCUCCUCCGCGGGGGAUCCUCGUCCCAGUAACCCCCGGGGGGAUGGAUUCACCAUGACCCUCAACCCACGUGAUAAGCCGAGAGAUGAGCGCGACUAUGGCAAACCACCUGAGGAAAAGUCCCCUAACUUGUGGAUUUAGAAUCUCAAUAACAGGGACAGUGAGUGUGACCCUUGGUUUUAUUAGAGUCAGUAAUAAAGGGGAAGAGGACUCGGCUUUUCAGUUCUGUAGUGAUUUAUUCUCACUGAAAGAUGGAAAUAAGGGAAAGAGAACCCGAUUAGACAAUGUGUUCCCUCGGCUCCGGUUAGCAUUGGAAUGUCUUUUAAAAAUAUUUACAAAAUUACAGUCGCUAAUAGGAAUGUUAACACUAAACCAAAUAAUAAAUACAAGUAAUGAUCAAAACGUUCAAUGAUCGAAACAUUCAACAUAAGCAGCAACUCAGAUAAUCAUUUCAAAGUUUCUCAUAAUAUCAUUCAAUAACGUAAAUCACAUUGGUGUCAUUCAUGCUGUGUAAAAAAUGACAACAAAAGAGGAAAUAAAUUGUUGGAAACGGGGUUGUUUCAGUAAGCGUUGUAUACGUUAUAUUUUGUAUAUAUUUGGAAUUAAUACUCUUUUUGAUUAGUACUAGUCUUUUUUUGGUUGGCAUAGUUAUUUUAAUCGAUUGAUUUCGUAUUACCUACCUGUAUAUAUUGGUUUUCGGUUGUAUAUUCAAAUGUACUAGUGUUUUAUGCUCUUAUUCCUAUUUGCGUUUAAAUUAAGUUGAUGAACAAGCUCAAAUGUAUUCGCAGUAAUCGGCAAAUGCUUUUAAAUCACCAGCAAGCAUACUAUAGAGAGAAAACGAACCGCGACAGUAGAAUAAAAAAUAUUACUCGGAGUUAUGUAAAUUUUUUACAAAACCAAAAUAUGAGGGCUUAUUAGUAUUUUGUGUUUCUGCUUUUUUUUUUUUUUUAAUUAAAUAUAAAUUGAAGAUGGCACUAUUUGAUGUUUUUAAAACAAAAGACUUGGUACAAAUGUAUUUGACUUUAUUUACAUGUACACGUACAUCGUUCUUGUAAUGUUUAAAACAAACCAUUUGAUUAUACAUGUAAUUGUUCUUUUUGUUUAACUUGAUACAAAGAAUGUAACCAUAGGCUAUGUGUAGUUUAAAACAUCAUACAUGUACAGUCGAUUAUCGUUAAUACGAGCUUGGCUACGAAUAUAUUCCGGUUAAGACGAGCAUAUUUCGCAGUAGGCUCGACCUAAGGGUAGACAUUCCUAUGAGGAACAAAUUGUUUAAUACGAGCUUUGAUAGUACGAGAUUGCAGCAGGAAUUAGGCCUACAUUUAAAGUGUAAUGCCAAAGCAUGACGAAAUGUCAAAUUGGGUAGAACUUGGGAACAAAAAUUGAAUUCAAAAUCAAAUCGACAAGCCCAGUUAAUUCGAAUUUUUUUUUUGUCUCGCCUAAACUUUGUUUAGGAAAGAGACUAUGCAAUCACUAUGUUUCUACGUACGUAGUAUUUGUGUACAUAUGUAUGUGGUAUUUUGGUUAAAGUUUCGUAAAAUUUGUCUCAUUUCAGAAGUUGAAGUCCAAUUGGAACCAAACUUGGGUCAUAGAUGCAACAUGGCAACCUUCACACUGAUUAGUUACGCUUUAAAGAUAAUCGCGAAAGCAGGCGAGACGCAUUGUUCGCGAACCAUCUUGUUCUGGUUUCGUAGUUAAUUUUUGACUUAGAUGAGCAAACCGAUUUUUUUUCAUGAAUAUGCUUUUAAGAAGAUAUUUGUAUUUUUAACUAAACUGAUCGAUGUAAAAACUUUGACGACUAUGUUUGUAUUGAAAUAAAAUCGCCUCUAGUUGCAGCAAAUCGUACCAUUU